AUGGCGGAGCGGAGGAUCUCCUAUGCCCCCGAUGUCGAAAACGGUGACCGCCACCGCGAUAACGACGCUGCUGAUGGCGGCAACCUCGACGAGUACUCCGCCCUGAACCGCUACAUCUCGACUGCCCGCGAUGGCCGCCGUGGCUCUACCUCUUCUGGUGCUGCUCUCAGCGAGAAGGGCGCCAAGAAGCCUUUCUGGAAGUUCUGGGGUGGCAAGGCCGAGGGUGUCGAUGAGGGCUGGCAGGCCCCCGACGAGUGGCUCGAGACUGACCUCCGCGCUGGUCUCAACUCUGGCGACAUCGAGCCCCGUCGCAAGAAGUGUGGCUGGAACGAGCUGACGACUGAGAAGACCAACAUCUUCAUUCAGUUCAUCGGUUACUUCCGUGGUCCCAUUCUGUAUGUUAUGGAACUCGCUGUUCUGCUCGCUGCUGGUCUGCGUGACUGGAUUGAUCUCGGUGUUAUCUGUGGUAUUCUUUUGCUUAACGCUCUCGUCGGUUGGUACCAGGAGAAGCAGGCUGCCGAUGUCGUCGCUUCCCUCAAGGGUGAUAUUGCUAUGCGUGCUCUUGUUAUCCGUAACGGUCAGGAGGAGGAGAUCCUUGCCCGUGAACUCGUCACUGGUGACAUUGUCGUCGUUGAGGAGGGCACUGUCAUCCCCGCUGAUGUUCGCCUGAUCUGUGACUACGAGAAGCCCGAGAUGUUCGACACCUACAAGGAGUAUCUCGUCAACGUCAACGAUGACACUCUUAAGGAGAAGGCCGACGAUGAUGAUGAUGAUGAUGAUCCUCGUGAGGCCCACCAGGGUGUCUCUCUGAUUGCUUGUGAUCAGUCUGCCAUCACUGGUGAGUCCCUCGCCGUCGACAAGUACAUGGCCGAUGUCUGUUACUACACCACUGGCUGCAAGCGUGGCAAGGCCUACGGUAUCGUCACCGCUACUGCCCGCCAGUCCUUCGUCGGUAAGACUGCUGCUCUCGUUCAGGGUGCCAAGGAUUCCGGUCACUUUAAGGCUGUCAUGGACAACAUUGGUACCUCCCUGCUCGUUCUCGUCAUGUUCUGGAUUCUCGCUGCCUGGAUCGGUGGUUUCUUCCGUCACUUGAAGAUCGCUACCCCCGAGGGCUCCGACAACAACUUGCUCCACUACACUCUCAUUCUGCUCAUUAUCGGUGUCCCCGUCGGUCUUCCCGUUGUUACUACCACCACCCUCGCUGUCGGUGCUGCCUACCUCGCCGAGCAGAAGGCUAUUGUCCAGAAGCUCACCGCCAUCGAGUCCCUCGCUGGUGUCGACAUUCUUUGCUCUGACAAGACCGGUACCCUCACUGCCAACCAGCUGUCCAUCCGUGAGCCCUACGUCGCCGAGGGUGUUGAUGUCAACUGGAUGAUGGCCGUUGCCGCUAUUGCUUCUUCCCACAACGUCAAGAACCUUGACCCCAUCGACAAGGUCACUAUCCUUACUCUGCGCCGCUACCCCAAGGCCCGUGAAAUUCUCUCUCGCAACUGGAUUACCGAGAAGUACACUCCUUUCGACCCUGUUUCCAAGCGUAUUACCACCAUCUGUACCUGCGAUGGUGUCCGCUACGUCUGCGCCAAGGGUGCCCCCAAGGCUAUUCUUAACAUGUCCGAGUGCUCCAAGGAGGAGGCUCAGAUGUACCGUGACAAGGCUACUGAGUUCGCUCGCCGUGGUUUCCGUUCCCUCGGUGUCGCCGUCCAGAAGGAGGGCGAGCCCUGGCAGCUUCUGGGCAUGUACCCCAUGUUCGAUCCCCCCCGUGAGGAUACUGCCCACACCAUCGCUGAGGCCCAGGUUCUCGGUUUGUCCGUCAAGAUGCUUACUGGUGACGCCAUCGCUAUUGCCAAGGAGACUUGCAAGAUGCUUGCCCUUGGUACCAAGGUUUACGACUCUGAGCGCCUGAUCCACGGUGGUCUCGCUGGUUCCGCCCAGCACGACCUUGUUGAGAAGGCUGAUGGUUUCGCUGAAGUCUUCCCCGAGCACAAGUACCAGGUCGUCGAGAUGCUCCAGCAGCGUGGUCACUUGACUGCCAUGACUGGUGACGGUGUCAACGACGCCCCCUCCCUGAAGAAGGCUGACUGUGGUAUCGCUGUCGAGGGUUCCACUGAGGCUGCCCAGGCUGCUGCCGAUAUUGUCUUCCUUGCCCCCGGUCUUUCCACCAUUGUCGAUGCUAUCAAGCUUGCCCGCCAGAUCUUCCAGCGCAUGAAGGCUUACAUCCAGUACCGUAUUGCCCUGUGUCUUCACCUUGAGAUCUACCUUGUUACCUCCAUGAUCAUCAUUGAUGAGACCAUUCGCUCCGACCUGAUUGUCUUCAUCGCUCUGUUCGCCGAUCUUGCCACCAUUGCCGUCGCUUACGAUAACGCUCACUUCGAGGCCCGCCCCGUCGAGUGGCAGUUGCCCAAGAUCUGGGUCAUCUCCAUCGUUCUCGGAAUUCUGCUCGCUGCCGCUACCUGGAUCAUCCGUGGUACCCUCUUCCUUAAGGACGGUGGUAUCAUCCAGAACUUCGGUUCUCCCCAGCCGAUUCUCUUCCUUGAGGUUGCUCUUACUGAGAACUGGCUCAUCUUCGUCACCCGUGGUGGUAAGACCUGGCCCUCGUGGCAGCUGGUCAUUGCCAUCUUCAUUGUCGAUGUUCUGGCUACCUUGUUCUGUGUCUUCGGCUGGUUAUCCGACUGGGACCAGACUCACCCCUACGAUCCCGCUGGCCCUGGCUUCUCCCACAACAACGAUGUCGACAUUGUCACCGUCGUUGUCAUCUGGGCCUACUCCAUCGGUGUUACCGUCAUCAUUGCCGUGGUCUACUACAUCCUGACCAUUAUCCCGGCUCUUGACAACCUUGGCCGCAAGACCCGCUCCAAGGCUGACACCCAGAUCGAGAACAUGAUCGCUCAUCUCUCCAAGCUCGCCAUUGAGCUCGAGACCGACAAGGAGGGCAAGUCCCGCUACACUAUCGGUGCUCGCGCUGAGGAGAUCGAGGAGGACGAGUAA